AUGGCCGAUUCUGCGAAUGCUCCGAAACCGAGCAGCAGCGUCAAGCUGGUUCUUCUCGGCGAGGCUGCUGUUGGAAAGUCCUCGUUGGUCCUUCGAUUCGUCAACAACGACUUCCAGGAGAACAAGGAGCCCACUAUUGGAGCUGCGUUCUUGACACAAAAAUGUAAUCUUCCUUCUCGCACCAUCAAGUUCGAAAUCUGGGAUACCGCCGGCCAGGAGCGCUUCGCUUCUCUGGCGCCCAUGUACUAUCGAAAUGCCCAAGCCGCCCUUGUCGUCUACGAUCUUACCAAGCCUACAUCUCUCAUCAAAGCCAAGCACUGGGUUGCCGAGCUGCAACGGCAAGCAUCGCCCGGGAUUGUCAUCGCUCUUGUCGGAAACAAGCUAGAUCUGGCUAGCGACUCUGCGACUGGAAAUGAAGCUGCUGAAGAUGGUGAGGAGUCAGGCGACGCCCGCAAGGUCUCAACAGAAGAGGCCAAGGCAUACGCUGAGGAGGAAAGCCUGUUGUUCUUCGAGACUAGCGCAAAGACUGGUCACAACGUUACGGAAGUGUUUACCGCCAUUGCCAAUGCCAUCCCCGAAACGUCCUUGAAGUCAGCCAGAGGCCCCGGCGCCGCCGGUACUGCCAAUCGAGCCGGCGAAGAGCAGAGAGUCAACUUGGGUGGUCCCAGGGAUGCUGGUGCAAAGGAUGGAUGCGCUUGUUAG